AUGCACGGAUCAGACUCUAAUAGGCUGAUUUACAGAGCAAGUGAGUUCUUGGCACUGAAUGUUUUCGUUGUUGGACGAAUUAUUUGUGCUUGAAAAUAUUUUUUAAAAUACUUUUAGAUAUAAACAAAAGUGUAGACGACACAUUCACAGAUAACCACCUUAUCGGCGUCAAAUGGUACAGAAUCAUCGUCGACGACCAAUCUCCAGACAAUGUAGCUUUGGUAGCCAAUUACUCUGAUCACAUAAGGUUUUACAACUUGGACAAAGCUGAUGAGUAAGUUUAGUAGCUGAUAAUUACUUUAGUGUGAACAGGUGUAUAAAUAUUAUGAUUUAAAGUAAGUACUACUGUUAAAAAAUUACAUUUCAGAUAUAUUCGUCGCGACGACGUAAAAAACAUAUCUCUGGACAAGAUAUUCACUUACAAACAUUACAUAUUCUACUCUCCCAAAGGAUUUAUCCUACUCAAUGAAUCUCACGUCGACGAAGAUAUGACAGAAGCCAAUAUUAAGCUGGACUUGACUGAAGACGAACUGGCCGAAAUCAGGGUUAAAUGCUGGGUAUGUUAUAAUAAAAGUAAAGACGAUUGUGUGGAACUGUGGUUAAUGUAUAAGUGUUAUGCACAUAUGUUAAAGUUGUGCGAUAUACUUUGAGCUUUACGGAUUUUUAGUGUAAGUGUAUAAUAAUAAAAAUAAAGUUUAGAUUUUUAAUUUGAAUAUUUAGAAUAAUGGCAGUAAAUGUGUGUCAGAAAAUGGGAAACUGGUCGAAACUAGAGCCAACGACAGUUUUGUUGUAUAUAGUGCUGAAGGCAUUCAAAUUCGCGGGUAAACAAUCUGACAUUUUGCUUUCCUGUAUGGGGGGUUUGUCACAACUAAAACAUUAUUUUUAAAAUUUUAAAAUGGCGUUAUUAGUUGAGUAAUAUAUUUAUCAUAUAUUGAGUUGUGUCUUGGUAAAAAUCGAUGAUCUUUUGGUGUUUCAGGGUAACACAUUCGAACAAAUUUUUUAUUUACGACAAAGUGUCGCGGAAGAACUUUUGUUUCCCCGAUGACUUGAAAACUCAUCGAGACUGCGACGAAACCGAGGUAUGUUAACAUAAAAUAUUUUUGAAAACAUAUUUUCGGGUUAUGCGAUCUUGUAGCUAAUUAAAAAUAUUGUCGACUAUCUAAAAAGACUUUUCAUUUAAAAAAAGUGUUGAUCUCGGGCGGGCUCGAACCGCCGGCCUUCUGUGUGUUAGACAGAUGUGAUAACCACUACACCACGAGAUCACGGUAUGCAAGGUUUAUAUAUCUGACUGCUAACCUUUUAAAACUGUUUCUAACAGUUAAUUUAAAUGAACGUUUAGAAGUUUCGUGAAGUUGACAGCCGGUUUCCUCUAAUACGCAAAGAUUCACCUUUUUUAAAACGACGUUUGGCCUAUGUUAAUGUACCCUACCCGAAAAGCGAAAACAAGUUAGGAGGAUGUCAAAAGAAGAAUCUGGAUUACAGCGAUCACAAAACACCAGUAACUGACACAAAAACGAGUAUCAACGCAUAA